UGUUCGUUUGUGCAUUCGUGUGUUUUGCAACUCGAAGUCUGGUGAAUUGUUUAAAAUCGAGUGCGAAAGAAAUAAAACAUUAAACUUGGGAAUUCGUUUCUGAUUUUCCAUGUUUCUAGGCUUGUGUAAUUUUGUCAAAAUGCAUCACCAACAGCGAAUGGCUGCCUUAGGGACGGACAAAGAGCUGAGCGAUUUACUGGAUUUCAGUGCGAUAAGUGGCUCGAAGAGUUAAUCGGUAAUCAAAUCCAUUACUCGUGAAAAAGGGGCGCAGGCGUGUUUAUGAUGUUUUCACCGCCUGUGAGUAGUGGGAAGAAUGGACCAACGUCCUUGGGAAGUGGCCAUUUCGGGGGUUCAAGUCUGGAAGACAGGACAAGCUCUGGAUCUUGGGGAGCCGGGGGUCAUCCCAGCCCUUCCAGGAACUAUGCUGAUGGAGUGCAUUAUGAACAAGUGACCAACAGGGAACUUGGAUCACAUGACAACCUAUCUACGUCCUCAUUCAUGAAUUCUCGACUCGUAGGCAAAGCGGACAGAACGUCAUUCCCAUUUGUGAGGGACUCAAGUAUGCAGGGUUGUCAGCUCCAUUUUACUGCAAUGCGAAGAGGCAUGCGAUCAAAGUCCAAUCUCCUUGGGCAUGACAUAGGUAUGGGCAGUCCAGGAGCAGUUUCACCUACAGGCACCAAGCCUGGGUCACAGUAUUAUCCAUAUUCCAGCAAUAAUCCCCGUCGGCGACCAAUGCAUGAUUCCUCAAUGGAGAUGCCACCGAAAAAAGUCAGGAAGGUGCCUCCAGGCUUACCAUCUUCGGUGUAUGCCCCAUCAGCGAGCACUGCCGAUUAUAACAGGGAUUCGCCUGGCUAUCCUUCCUCCAAGCCUCCAACUAGUUCAUUUUCUAGUUCAUUCUUUAUGCAAGAUGGGCAUCACAACUCUGAUCCGUGGAGUUCCUCUGGUGGAAUGAAUCAGCCCAGUUAUGGAGGCAUGCUGGUAAACUCCUCCCAUGUUCCGCAGUCCAGCAGUUACUGCAGCCUGCAUCCACAAGAUCGGCUGAACUACCCAUCACACUCCUCAACAGACAUCAAUGCCAGUCUCCCACCGAUGUCCAGUUUCCACCGCAGUGGCACAAAUCACUAUGGCGCCUCGUCCUGCACACCACCAGCCAAUGGAACAGACAAUAUUAUGGUGAGCAGAGCAGGAGCGUCAACUGGCAGCUCGCAGACUGGUGAUGCACUGGGCAAAGCACUUGCAUCAAUCUACUCACCAGACCACACCAACACCAGUUUCCCUUCAAAUCCAUCAACGCCUGUUGGAUCUCCGCCAACUCUCACAGCAGGUACCUCUGUGUGGUCCAGAAAUGGAGGCCAAGGUCCAUCCUCUCCCAAUUAUGAAGGCCCACUUCACUCUUUGCAAACCCGGAUUGAAGACCGCCUGGAAAGAUUGGACGAUGCCAUACAUGUCCUGCGGAACCAUGCUGUGGGACCGUCAACAGCCAUGCCCAGUAGCCAUAGCGACUUGCAGAAUUUAAUAGGAGCAUCACACAAUGGGCCAAUGGGUGGCUUGGGAUCAGGAUAUGGGACAGGUUUGCUGUCAACCAACAGACAUUCUUUAAUGGUGGGAGCUCAUCGUGAAGAAGGUGUUGGGCUUCGAGGCAGCCAUGCAAUCGUGUCAAACCAAGUGCCAGUCCCACAGCUUCCAGUGCAGUCAGCCACAUCCCCUGACAUAAACCAGUCCCAGGACCCAUACCGGGCCCUCUCCAGCAGCCUGCAAGGACAGAGUGUGUCAUCUGUCAGCUCAGAUAUAAAGUCAGAAGAUGAACCAGAUGAAAAUCUGCAGGAUUCAAAAUCCACAGAUGACAAGAAGGGGGAUGAGGACAAGAAGGAUAUCAAGAUAUUAAAUAGGUCACUAUCUAGCAAUAAUAAUGAUGAUGAAGACCUUUCUCCGGAACAGAAGGCUGAGCGUGAACGAGAAAGAAGAAUGGCAAAUAAUGCUCGUGAGCGUCUGCGUGUGCGCGACAUUAAUGAAGCAUUUAAGGAACUUGGUCGCAUGGUGCAGCUCCACCUGAAAAGCGACAAGCCACAGACGAAGCUCCUGAUUCUUCACCAGGCAGUUGCUGUUAUUUUGAGCCUGGAACAGCAAGUCCGAGAGAGGAACCUGAACCCUAAAGCAGCUUGUCUGAAAAGAAGAGAGGAGGAAAAAGUGUCAACAGAUCCACCGCCACUCUCCCUUGCAGGAGUCAACCCGAAUAUGGGAGACACAUCCAACCAUAUGGGCCCAAUGUGAAAAGAGGCCCAUGGUGCCAGAUCAACAAAAAUAAGUGAGAGACCGCUUCCUUGACAACUGUAUUAUCUUACAACAAUGUAAACACUCUGCCCAAUCCCCUUUUUUUGUAAAAUGGAGACACAUUAAAAGCAGUCACGAAAAUGAAUCACAGACGAGAGAGAGAGCGAGGAAAAAGAGAAUACUGCAUUCCCAACAAGCAAAGUACGACUUGGGGGACAAACUCUAAACAUAUCAUUCAGAAUGUUGAGCAGUAUGUUGCAAGCUGUUAAUGUACAGCCUAGAGACUGAAUGGCAAUCUUCUCCACACUGUGGAAAAUGCAUUUGUGCCUGAACUUCUGUAAAAAAAUAAAAUUAAAAAAAAAUCAAUUUGUAGGUUGAAAAAAAUAUUUAUUUGAAAUCGUAACCUUGCAAUAAUGAAAAGUGUACUUCUGAUAAAAAAAGGAAAAAAUACAAUUUAACAUUUUGUUUUGUUGGUGUUCUAGUCAGCUAGUGUUUGUUCUCUGGAGAGAGUGAAGCUUUGCUGCCCGUCUACAUCCAGUAUUCACAAAAACCAGCAACUGUCCUAAUGGUAACUUAGGUGAUGACUGCUUAGCCAUUCCUUUGUCUGCAUGGGAGUAACUGAUGGAAUAAUGGGCCUGUUGGUGAUGUAAUCCGUAUCUAUCUUGCGAUGCCUUUUCUUUUGUGAUUUUUAAUUCCUGUUAUUUUCCUGCAGUUACAUAGUAUUUGAUGGAAAAUAGGUCACACCUUCUGCCUUUUAGAAAGACUUGUUUUUGUUGGAAACUAAAAAACUAGUAAUAACAUGAAAUUUUUUUGAAUUUAGGUGUGAUAUUAUGGCAGUUCAGCAUGGCUACUGUGUGGAACCCAGCAAAAAUGAGUAGUUUAGAAUACAAAAGUCCUGAUUGUAGCACCGUUACAAAAGUAAACUUGUUCCUGUUUGAAGCCUGGCAGAUUACUGCCUUUGUGGUUGGGUAGUGAUUAGAAGUCAGUGGCUCAGUGGAUGAUGGCACUGCUCAGUGGAACUGAGCCCCAGAGACCGGGAAUGAAUCCAGGCUCAAACUGUAGUGUUUGCUUAUUUGGCUGAUCUAAACCAAGUUGAUAAUAUGGGAGCUACAACUGGGCAGUCCUAGACUGGAGGAGGGAAAAGUCGGUCAGAAUUCUCAUUCCCAGUCACUAAUCAGUGAACAGUGCAGGAAAAUCCAUGUGGAUGGAUGCUGGACUUGACUGUGAUUUUCCCCCUUGUGCUGUUUGCUAUCUGUGCUCAAUGCUUCAUUGAGAUAGCUGGUGCCCAUUGGGCUGUGCUUCAGGAUUGAGUUGAUCUUUGGGAGUGGAGGGGCAAAAAUUGGUUCGUCAAAGACUUAAGAAGUGGAGAACAAGAUGUCAUGUCAGUCAGUUAUGGAUAAAUAUAUGGGAACCCUAAAGCUCAUAUAAAUGGAGGUUCCUACUAUAAUAUAUACAAAAUAUUAUAACAGCUGAAAUAUCCAUUUGCAUUCCAUUUUUAACCAUUGUUUCUAAUACUGUAUGUGUGUGCUGUGUAUAUAUAAUAGUUUUAAGAAAUUGCCACUCCAUGUGACUGGUGUGACUUAUGCUCCUGGAUGUGAAACAAGAAAACCUGCAAUUCUCCCUUUGAUUUAUUGUAAGUGUUUUGGUUACAGAAGCUUUCCACUUAUUUUUUUUAAGCAUUUGUACUAAACCUGGAUGAUAUAGUCCUGCACAGCAGUUUCCCUAUGAUCAAUCUGAAGAGAAAGCUUAGUUCUAUGCAUGUCAGGAGUAGUGAAAACAAGUGCUUUCAGGCAGGUUUACUGCAGACUUAUUUAUGCAAUGUAACGUGAAGUAGCAUCUUACUUCUACGUAUAAAGAAAGUUAGGAUAUUAAAGCUAAUUUGCUCAUUUCAAACAAGAGCUGCACACUUAGACACACAUGCAGACCAUCUCAGUGCACAGUCGUUGCACAAGUUGCAUUUUCUCUGUGAGGUUAUUGCAUAAAAAUGUUAAUGAUAGACCUAAACAGUUUUCUUAUUAUUUGGCGCCCUUUGAGGACACUCUCUUCACUUAAACCAGAAUUGUUAAAAUCUCCAAUUGAACUGGGCCAUUGCUGAAGGUGUAAUUUACUCCUUCUGGACAUGCCCGGUCUAGGAGCAGUUCUGUGCUCUUGGGAAUUCGAGGAACCAUCACAAUUUACAGUAAAUGUCUAUCUGUUGUCUUCUUGAAUAACAGAUAUUAGUGCUGAUUUGGGAAGUUAUUCAUUGAGGGCUGCUGUUGAGUGGCCUCAAACAGUCAUGUGAUGUGGAGUGAUAUGUUAUUCAGGUUUCAAUUGUAGACCCAUUCUCACCCAGUAUGAUUCCCUGUCUGGGUCUGGACUUGAUAAAAUAUGACAGGUUCUGUUCUGGGUGAACUUUAGAGUUCUGGGAAGCAUACAGUAAAUUUGUACCUAGACCUCCUCUCUCACUAGAUUGGUAUACAUUCAUUAGUGGCUUUAAAAUAUAGCCAUCUAGAUUACUGAUACAAUGUUUAGUACCAGGACAUGAACACAGUAGAUCAACAAGCCAGGCAUUAUAGCUGUUAAUUGGAAGGAAUUAUUUUCCACCGAAUAGUAUAUCUCUGGAGAACUUGGCUUGACACUGUAGAAUUUUCCUGAAGCAGGUCCCUUUAACCCUUUUGAGUAACAUUUUUUAUUCACUCACAUCACGUAUGUGUCACUGGCAAGGACAUCACAAAAUGCCCUUAAGAAGGUGGUGGUGAGAUACCUUCAACCUCUCAGUCAUUCUGGUGAAGGUGCUCCCACAAUGCAGAUUGGUAGAGAGUUCCAGGAUUUAGAUCCAGUGAUGAUGAAGGGACAAUGAUAUAUUUCCAAGUCAAGACAGUGUGCAACAUAGGGGCGGGGGGUGAGUUUGCAAUUGGCAACUUCCAAUCUGCAGACGUUGCAGAGUUGUCCAUUAAGUCCCUCUCUGUUAUCCUAGUUAGACCAUAUAUUGAAAGGCUGUGUCACAAUUGUUACAUUUUCUGGCUUCAGUUUGCCAUUAACUUGACCUUUUUCAAUAAAUACAGUACUUCAUUUCUUACGCCAGAAUGACCUGCAGGAAAAUAACUCCCAGGCCUCUGUCAAUGCUCGCUCUUGCUCUUGCAGUAACCUGGAGUUCUGCAAGAGCAAAAUGACUCUCCUAUUCUCACACAUUUCUCUCCAUGCAAGGGGUUUCUUGAUGCACCUUUUUCCCCUUGAAGACUGCAAUCAGCAUCUUUUGAGAAUCCAGUCCCCAGUGUGUCAUUCCCGCUUCAGCCCAAUUUCCCAGUAAAGCCUUUGCUUUUUUUUUUCUCUUCUGACAUUUCUUGUGAUGUUAAAGGCUUAUAGAAAAUUGUACUUUUUGUCCUGUAAUUGAAAAGAUAUUUUGAAAUGUAAUAGUCUUUUCACUCUCAAAGGGUUAAAGUCACAGACUGCAGGGAGUUUUAUGGUAUCAAUAGCCAUGGAAAGAAUGUCAUUUAUCAGAUCAUAAUUAAGAACAGAUUCAGUGCAACAAACUUCUGAUGAAUGCAUAAAACUUUUGCCAACAAACAGUACCCUUGAAUUAUAACUUCUGCAUAGAGAGUGGAUGGGAAUGAAUCAUGGGAGAUUUUAACUUUGGCUCAGGUAUGUGCUUACCCAGAUUCUACUGUAUCAGGAGUCUGGCAGAAGAGCUCAGGCCAUGUAUAACAUAACAAAAACAGCAAGACAUCAGAGCACACUUUUGCUACCCACUGCACAUACUGCGUGGAAAUCUGAACGUGCUGAAAUAACUUGUCAUGGUAUGCUUGAACCUGGCAUUGUGUCUGGUCCCAGUAACGAAGCACGUUUCCAUGCACCAAGUGCUGUGGGAAAGGAUAUAGACCACAGCAUAAAAGAUUAAAAUGUAACCAUUUCAUCAAUCAGUGCCGAAAGCAAUUAUAGCAAAACUGCCUGCUAAAAUAUUUUAAAGCAGUUAAUAUUUAAGGUUCUCAUUGUUUUCUUUCAUUUCUUUAAAAAAAAAGUACUGUAGUAGAUUAGAGACAAACAACGGCGAUGAUUAUCAAUAGUGGAUAUGCAGCUUGCGACAUUGACAAGAGCAGCAAGAUCUAGAAGCCUGAGCAAAAAUAAAAAGAGGCUUUGAAGAACUUAUUAGUAUUCUAGUGUUUCUUUAAAGAACUUAGCAAUAACGAACGAGGAAGUGUGCAUUAUUUGUGAAGAACGCUGGCCAGCAUUAGUUUAUGCAUGAGGUGAAGCUUGGUAAAAAAAAUCAUAGCGACUAUCAAUGUAAAAGGGGUUUCAUAUAUUGUAUAUAGUUUAAAAAAAAAUCCCACAAAUAAUCAUAUAGAUUUUGUUAUAUUAAACCUGAUGAAAGUAAGCAGUAAAAUAGGAGUUGGGGAAAAUAAAACAUCACUAUUGGUCAUCCUUUUUUUGUUUACAUUCUUGUGGAGAGAGCACAUAUGCUAGCUGGAAGAUUUGGUUUUGUGGGGUGGGUGGGUAGGGUAUGUGGUUUAUGCUCUUAAGAUCUCUUUUUUUUUAGAUAAAAACAACAGCACUGGAAUUUUAGUGUAUGUGCGUGGCCUGAAAAUUCUCUUAGUGUUAUGCUUACCGAACUAUUGGGAACUUGUAUUUCCUACACUUUGUGUAGACUUGAAACAUUCCUGCCAGUAAUAUGGCAUCUGCCCCCUUUUGACUUUCAGUAUAAUGUGAUGCCUUGGUGUAAAAAGGCAACAACAGAAAAAGGAGUAUGUGGUUCCAUCUCUUCUCCCUGUUGAUAAUUAAACCAUCACUUUAAAGAAAAAAUUGCAAAAUUUGUGUGUUUCAUGAGGCAACAAGCAAAUUUUGCAACUGUUUUUGAAUUUUUUUGUGUAAGAGCUAAAAGUUAUAUUUUUACAUGUUGACUUAAAAGUCUUUUUUUUAAAUACGUCAUGUGGUUUUUUGCUUUUAAGAAGAAAAUUGAUGGAAUCCCUGUGGUUUUAAAAAUGUCUCAAGUUUAAAUGAGGUAGUAAAAUUUCAAGUAGCAAUGUCAAGGAAUUUUACAAGCACACAAUAUAUUUCUGGAAACAAAUUUCAAACAAGGAACAAAAUAAGGUAUUUACAAUUUAUUGCCUACUAAAUGUUUAAUCUAAAUCACUUUUUGUGCUGUUUGUUGGAAUAUUGUUGAUAAUGAUUACAUUUGUGAGUGUACUGGGUUUCAGUACUUUGAUGGGCAGUUCAUGAAACUUUUAAAUGCAUGGAGGUGGAUCAAGUAAACAAUUUUUUAAGGCUAUGAAUUGGAAACGAGCAAAGUCAAUUGACGGAAACAAACCUGAAAAGAACCUGUAGAGAGUACAGUGCCUCAGACAAUCCAACAUCAAGUCCAAAAAGGCAAUAAACUUUUGACGAGAAUUGAAAUGUUGUUACUCUUUUAGUCACUGGCUAUCACAGAAGGAAGAAACACUGAAAUUGUUAAUUUUUUGUAAGUAAGGGCAUUCAGGGAUGGGAAAACAAGGGAAGCAAAUAGAAUUAAGAUGCAGAUUGCACAGGAUCUAAUUGAAUGACUUUUCAUUUAUAUUAGCUACUAGUUAAAUGUCAACUGCCAUAGUGUAAGGAGCUGCACAUUUUACCAUGUAAGAUAAACGUGUGCCUAUACAGCAAGAUAUCUGAAAGGUGCGACCAUUCUAAGUACAACAUUGAUUCAGUCUGUAGUCACAAUUUUUAACCCCUUAGAAAAUGUAACAUUCUUGAUACUGACUCAGACUGAUGGCAAGUGACAUCUAUAAGUUGAUUUUUUUUUUAAAAACGUCUUCUAGUCAGCUUAUUUUGCCUGUGUUCUGAGAAAGUGUAUUUUAAAGUAGAGAAGAUGAGAGAUGAUCAUCCUUUUAAAAAAAAAUAGGGAUCUCGGCAUUUUAAAAUGAAUCUGACAGGUGCAAACUGCUAAAAAGGUGCAACAGAUCAUGCGGUCAUGCGUUGUUGGGUAAAGUCGAUGUGAUGUCAUGUGAACUGCUUUGUUUAUCUAAAAUGGCUUGGCAAAUAGAAAUUCCCUUAAAGCAUUUAUUCUGACUAAACUACACUGUAACAACAUUCCGUUAGUCUGAAGUUAAAGAAUAAAUAUAAAUUAAAAGUGGUUAACCAAUAUAUUAAAUUGGUGGUGUAGUUUAUUUUGAGCACAUGUUUAAGGGAGUGUCGCUCACAUGCAGAGGUCGGACCUUCAAAUCUAGUUCAGGGAAGGACUGGGAAUCUCUGUGCUUUAAUUGUUUAAGAUCUUGAAGAGGACAUUCUGAAAACAGACCACUUCAAAGAUAUUGUAGAAACAUUGAGUGACAAUAUAAAGGAAUUUAUUAAGCAUAACUAUUAUAUAGAGACAUUCUUGCUUAAGAAGGUGACACAAAAAUGAUUGCUAACUCGUGAUUGAACAUAAUGCUUUAUUAAUUUAGGUGGGUGUGUGUUACAUGUGUUAUCUGAGGCAUUAUUUAGUUAGACGUACAAAAUAUUUGUAACAAUUUAACUAUUAUAAAAAAUAUUAGCAUAUUAUGCUAUAAGUGAACUAAAGUGAUAGGUUAGCAACAGCAAAGCUAACUUACCAAUUAAUGAGUGGAAAUUCAAUACAUUGCUUUAAAAUUCUUAUUGGAUCCACUUCCCUGUCUAUAACAGUUCAUAAACCGAAUCAAACUGUUCACCCAUUGGUACCCAUUGUGUUCAAUGUAGCUGUAAUUAACACUAACGCCUAUAAACUGUCAAUUGAACCAGUGAUGCAAUUUGUAAAUUUAUCCAGUCUUCCGAUUUUUGUUUUAAUUUUUGUUUUUGUUCAAAAUUUGUUUUGUAAUUCAUUUUUUUGUAUCAGGCAAAGGUUCUUAUUUGUUUUUAAAUGACAGAAGUGAACACUCUCCAGAAAUGAUUUAGCGUUUGGUGUGAACAAGCACAAAUAUUAGCCAAUUAUAGCUGACUGGAAAAAAAUAUAUAAAUAAAAUUUUAAGAAGAUGUAAUUCCAUUACAAUGGGGCACCAGGGCUUUGAUGAGCCCACUUUUACCAACAUUUUUCUCAUGGACUCUUAUUCAUCUUGUGCAGUGCUGGUUUACCAUGCUCAUUUCAAGUAUUAUAGACAUAUGUUAUGGUGAGAAUAUGAACUGUGGCCUUUUUCAUUCUUGUACUUGUGAUGCAAUUAAGUGAAGAGAAAAGCAGAGAAUUACCAUGUAUCAGUGCCUGGCUUUUUGUUAUAAAGCUUCUUUUGUCUAGUGCUCUUUUUGCUAUGAAAUAGACUGUAGUACACCCUAUAAAAGCUAAAUUUAAAGAAAAAAAUAUAUUUGGCUUAUUUUUCGCAGGAGCAAUCCUUUUAUACCAUGGAUCUUGGAAAAAAAAAAUUCUCGGAUUCUGAAUAUUUCUCUUUGUAGAUUUUUGGAAUCAUUCUGAGUAAAAGUUUGUUACUUUAUUUUACUAUUUAAAAGAUGUUAUUUUAUCAUGUGUUACUGAGGUGAACUGUAUGGUAGCGUUUUAGUUGUGUAAGUCGCAUGACAUUGCGACUGCACCUAGCUGCAGCAGUGGAAUAAAAACCUAUUUCACCUUUUUCCCAUUUGUGUGGCUCGAGUGCCUCAACUUUUCAUGUUUUUUUGGUGUUUUUCAGAUUUGUAGAAAUGUCCGAACAGAUUGUUUGCUGGAGUAUUCAAAGGCCAGCUCGAUGUAGGCCAUUACCUGUUUAUCAUCAGUAGUUAUUCCAAGCAGUCAUGUACAUGACAGUUCUGUAGCAAUAAAUGUGCCAUUUUUAUAA